GUGUCGAAUCGGUGCUGAUGUUGAUUCUUGGACUAAUGCGGACCGAGGUUGAUUGGUGAAAAUAGUUGGCUUUGACUCCAGCGCUGUUGUGUACUUACAAUGGUGUCAAAUUCAUUCUAUAAUGUGUUUAAGUCGCGAUUUUUUUUGUAUGUAUGAGUCACGGGUAGCGAUAUUAGUUUUUCGAACGUUGUAAAAAGUAUUAUAACAUGAGAUUCGUGAUAUUCAUGAUACAACCGCAGACGUUACUGGUUUCCAGUUUGCAGGAGAAGUAUACGUACCUGGGUGGACCACCACUCGAAGUUUACCGCGAUCAGUCCAAGACUAAUUGACCUGGAUUACGCCAAUCUCGGGCACGGAAUCAAAAGUCAUGAAGAUCUUUUCGUUACUACUAGCCUCUGCCUACGCAUACCCUCAGCACAACAAUGACUACGAACAACACCAGCAGCACCAACAGCACCAACAACACCAGCAACACAUCGAAAAACGAAUCGGACCGCAUGAAACAACCACAUGGAUUCCUAUCCUGAAGUACAACAAAGAACAAGGAGAAGAUGGAAGCUACAAAACGGAAUAUCAAACCGGAAACAACAUCGUCCACGAGGAAUCCGGCUACCUGAAGGAUUUCUCCGAUGCUCAUCCCAACGGUGUCCUGGUGCAGCAGGGUGCAUACUCCUAUGAAGCCCCCGACGGGCAGAUCAUUCACGUUCAGUACACUGCGGACGAGAGAGGCUUCCGGGUGACCGGAGACCACUUGCCGACCGAACCGCCAAUACCGGAAGGAAUUCGCAAGGGACUCGAGGAGAUCUACGCCGGCAUCAAGCGUCGGGAGCAGGAGAAUAAGAACAAUCCAAAGUAUGCGGAAACGGCAGCUCAGCGGGCCGAGCUGGAUUACAACGGGCAGUACUAUCAACAGUAGCGAUUGGCGGCAAUUGGCUAAUUAAACGUGUCCAGCACUAUUUCUUCGCUUAAGUGCAUUUUGUAUAUUUAUAGUGAUUUUAAUCGUAAGCGUAUUCUAACUUAAUUGGAAUAUAGAAUCUUUUGUUUCCGCUUGUCUCGAGGGCCCACCAAGAUAGCAAGAAGGGAUUGUGUAGAAAGAAGACUGUGAUUUUACUUCAUCCUGUUGAAUAAUCAUUUGGCAUCAUCAUGUGAACAAAAAUAUAAUGUUUCUACUAAUAA